GGUGCGCUGGCACCACCGAGACGUGGCCGGGCAAGGCCGGAUUGAGGCAGAGAGAGGCCGUACAGGGCCAGGGACAACGCUACUUCCGGUCUCCUCACUUCCGGCUUCGCUGCUCUUGGUGCUGGUUCUGGAGGCCGGGUUGAGAGGUUGCCGGUCCGACUGUCCUCGGCGGUUGGUCAGUGUGAAUUUGUGACAGCUGCAGUUGCUCCCCGCCCCCGAGCUGCCGAGGUGCGUGGGGGAAGGGGAAGAAGGAAAAGGUCCGUGUCGCGUUUCCGCUCACUUCUUGCCAGGGUUGAGGCGAUUCCAGAGAGCGGCGGAAGGGAUAAGCGUCGACUUAGAAGCUACCGAGUUCCCCUAAGACAGGAGUCUACCAUGGCUCAAGAAUCUCCCAAAAAUUCAGCAGCAGAAAUUCCAGUGACUAGUAAUGGAGAAGUUGAUGACUCUUGUGAACAUGGCUUUAAUAGGGAUUUGAAGCAUUCAUUACCAUCUGGACUUGGUCUCUCAGAAACCCAAAUUACAUCUCAUGGCUUUGACAAUACCAAAGAGGGCGUUAUUGAAGCUGGAGCAUUUCAAGGUGGCCAGAGAACACAGACAAAAAGUGGACCAGUUAUUCUAGCAGAUGAAAUUAAAAAUCCUGCAAUGGAAAAGUUAGAACUUGUUAGAAAGUGGAGUCUAAACACCUAUAAGUGUACUCGACAGAUUAUCUCUGAGAAGCUAGGCCGUGGCUCAAGAACUGUGGACCUUGAACUUGAAGCUCAGAUUGAUAUAUUAAGGGAUAACAAGAAAAAAUAUGAAAAUAUUUUAAAACUGGCUCAAACAUUGUCCACCCAGCUUUUCCAGAUGGUACAUACCCAAAGGCAACUUGGAGAUGCAUUUGCUGACCUGAGUUUGAAGUCACUAGAACUUCAUGAAGAAUUUGGCUAUAAUGCCGAUACCCAGAAGCUGCUGGCUAAAAAUGGAGAGACUCUUCUUGGGGCCAUUAAUUUUUUCAUUGCUAGUGUGAACACUUUGGUGAAUAAAACCAUUGAAGAUACAUUAAUGACUGUGAAACAGUAUGAAAGUGCCAGGAUUGAAUAUGAUGCAUAUCGCACUGAUUUGGAAGAACUGAAUCUUGGACCACGUGACGCAAACACUCUGCCAAAGAUUGAGCAGUCACAGCAUCUCUUCCAAGCACAUAAGGAAAAAUAUGAUAAAAUGCGCAAUGAUGUUUCUGUCAAAUUGAAAUUUCUGGAAGAAAAUAAGGUUAAAGUAUUGCACAAUCAGCUGGUCCUUUUCCACAAUGCCAUUGCCGCUUACUUUGCUGGGAAUCAGAAGCAGCUUGAACAGACACUUAAACAGUUCCAUAUCAAAUUGAAAACCCCUGGAGUGGAUGCCCCGUCUUGGCUUGAAGAACAGUAAAAUCACAGCGGAAAAUAAGAAAGUCGUGUUGUUAUAUUUCUAAACAAACCUAACAAGAAUUAAGCAGAGUUGGGGGAAGUGGGAGGGGUGACAAGCAUUAUAGUGAUUCUUGCACAAACAGCUUUAAUUUUUCCCUUUUUCAUACUUUAACAAUUGAACUGUUAAGGGUGGUUUUAAUGUAAACAUAGUUUCUAUAAUCUGAACACAAUAAUUUUCCUUUUUGAGAAAUCCUUUUGUAUUGUGAGGGUUGAUGGCUAUUUCUGUAGUUUGAAAACAUCUAAUAGAGAUUUGCACUGACAAGAUAAAAAUUCAAGGUUUUUGGUCCUGGAAAUGAGGGCCAAUUGUAACUUUUCCAAAGGGAGGUUUACAUGAUUUGUAUCAACAUCAGAUAUUUUAUAUAUGAAUAUAUUAAACAUCUUUAAGAGAUUCAUUUUCAUGUAUUAAAGAAAAAAGAAACUAUUUUGCAGAGUAAAGUUACAUGGUGUUCCUGCAGCGUCCACACAGAGGCAGCAGCUCUAAUGAAUGAUUAGCUUGUGGAGUUGUGGCAAAUACCUUUUUAAAAAUGAAUCUGUACCAUUGUAAUUUUAUUUAGACUUUUUUUUAAAGACACAGAAAUCACACUGUCAUUUCUGUGAGGCUUUUAAGCUUAUGAAUUUGCUUCACCCAAAGUCAUUGGACAGUUACGUUUGCAAUUUCUUUUGGUUCGUAACAAAACCUGCUUAAGAGAAUUUUUUUUUUUGGCAGGUGGACGUGGGAAUGGAAAUUCUUAAUGGUUUCUAGAGUAGAAAUCUGUACUUAGAAAACUAGUUUUUGGGUCAGUUCCAUUUUGAUAGAAGUGAACACAUAGACAGCUUUUAUUGACUUCCAUAUGUAACAACACCGUUUAAGCCUUAAAUCACAGAUAUGUGCCUUCUCAGAUACAGUAAUUCUUGUUCAACCAAUGUACAAAAUCCAUAAAGAAACCCCUGUUGGAUAAUGUUUGAUGUGUCUAUUCCUUCCAUGGAAUGGAGCACUAUGUAUAAAUGUUGGGUUUCUUUGUACUUGUUAAGCCACAUUUGAGGUUUAUGGUAAAAAUCAUCUUUUGAGUUUGCUCUUUGGUUUUUCUUCAUUCCUUUUGAGGAAUGGGAAAACAGAAGGAUUCUUUGAUUUGGGUAAUGAAGAGGUAAUUUGGGACAGUGUGGUGGUACCAGGAAGAAAGAGGAUUGGAAAGGCCAGUACUGUUUUAGUUGCUUGGCACUAUUGGUUUUGUUAUAAUGUGGUUCCCCUGUCCACUACAUGGUUCUAUCAGUGUAGUGUAAUCCAUUUUCAAUGUAAAGCUCUUUCAGUUUUUGUCAUAGACAUAAAUUAAUAUUUUGAGAGGCAUCCCUCACCUGUUCAUUUCUUCUGUGUUGAAAUGAAGUACUUAAAAUUACCGUUAUAAAUGAACUUUGUGGACUGUAAGAUUCGUUAUAUAUGUUCAAAUGCCUUUUAGCUGGCUUUUUAAUUAAUAUGCCUGUUUUGAGCGCUUAAUACAAUGUAAUGUGAUCGUAAAUCAUAAACCUAUUUUAAAUCAUUCCUUCCUGUAUAUUUGUACUCAGAGAGCCUUAUUUUAUUCUUCCAGCAGAAUUACUACUUGUGAUAGUUCAUUUACAUUCCCCAGAAUGUGCCUCUGGUGUGAAUUUUGUAUUCUUAUUAAAAGUGUUUGCUGCAGUAAA